UGUUGAGAAAAUUACCUGCAAAGGGACAGUCCAGCAUGCCACGUGGCGUAGAAUUACCACUUAUUCAUGGUAAUCGUAAUCUUCCUCACCGGUUCAGUGUCACUCUCUCGAUCUCUGAGGAUUAAUCCAUCAGAAAUGGCGACUCUAGCUCGAUUGUCCAGGAAAGCCCUAACCUCCACUCUCCCCACUCACCACCUCUUACUUCGCCGCACACUCGGCACCGAAGCCGCCAAGAUCGCAGAUUCGCCCAAUCGAGUGAAAUGGGACUACAGGGGACAGAGAAAGAUCAUCCCUCUGGGUCAGUGGCUGCCCAAGAUCGCCGUCGACGCUUACGUCGCCCCCAACGUCGUCCUCGCCGGACAGGUCACCGUCUGCGACGGAGCCUCCGUCUGGAAUGGGGCGGUCCUUCGGGGCGAUCUCAACAAGAUUACGAUCGGUUUCUGCUCCAAUGUCCAGGAGAGGUGUGUCGUUCACGCUGCUUGGUCUACUCCAACAGGACUGCCAGCAGAGACAUCCAUUGAGAGAUUCGUGACAGUUGGUGCAUGCAGUCUUUUGCGGUCGUGCACAAUUGAGCCGGAGUGCAUUAUUGGGCAGCAUUCCAUCCUUAUGGAAGGUUCUUUGGUGGAGACCCACUCCAUCCUUGAAGCUGGGUCAGUGGUUCCCCCAGGGAGGAGGAUUCCAACAGGUGAACUAUGGGCUGGGAAUCCUGCUAGGUGUGUUAGGACCCUGAGUCAUGAAGAGACCUUAGAGAUCCCUAAACUCGCUGUUGCGAUUAACGAUCUGAGCAAAAGUCAUUUCUCAGAGUUCCUCCCUUACUCAACAGUAUAUUUGGAGGUCGAGAAAAUGAAGAAGUCCUUGGGGAUUUCUAUAUGAAAAUUGGGUUUCAUGUUUCUGUGUAUCAGUCACUCGGAAUUCUCAUUGAAAGGAAACAAGUUUGAGUUUAUUGUUUUCGGGUUUUGUAAUGUUGGCUGAAGGGGGGUCUUGCAGUGUGAUUCCUAUCCAAGUUAGAAACUAUUUUAUUUCUUUCCUUCUUUCUUUUUGAUAAUGUUCUUUUCGGACUUUUGGUGCUACAUUCUUCUCCUCUUAGAAUGUAGAUACAACUUUUGAGUGGGUGUAAUUGAAAUUUAUUUGCUGAACACAAACAACAGGAAUAAAUGUUUGGUUGUCUUUGUGCGAAA